ACUCCCGCUCUGCGCUCUCACGGCUCCCGCUGCACCGGCGCUGGACAUGGGCUCCGCGGGCACCCGGCCCGCUCUGGCGGCCGCUCUCCUCUGCCUGGCCCGCCUGGCUCUGGGCUCGCCCUGCCCCGCCGUGUGCCAGUGCCCGGCGGCCGCGCCGCAGUGCGCCCCGGGCGUGGGGCUGGUGCCGGACGGCUGCGGCUGCUGCAAGGUCUGCGCCAAGCAGCUGAACGAGGACUGCAGCCGAUCGCAGCCCUGCGACCACACCAAGGGGCUGGAGUGCAACUUCGGGGCCAGCCCCGCCGCCCUGAAGGGCAUCUGCAGAGCACAGUCCGAGGGAAGACCGUGUGAAUAUAACUCCAAAAUCUACCAGAACGGCGAAAGCUUCCAGCCGAACUGUAAACACCAGUGUACGUGCAUAGAUGGAGCUGUGGGCUGCAUCCCGCUCUGCCCGCAGGAGCUCUCUCUUCCCAACCUGGGCUGCUCCAGCCCCAGGCUGGUCAAAGUCCCCGGGCAGUGCUGCGAGGAGUGGGUCUGUGACGAAAGCAAGGAUGCGCUGGAGGAGCUGGAAGGCUUUUUCAACAAAGAGUUUGGUCCGGAUGAUUCCGAAGGCGAACUAACCAGGAACAAUGAGCUAAUUGCCAUUGUGAAGGGAGGCCUGAAAAUGCUACCCGUUUUUGGAUCUGAGCCACAAAGCCGAACUUUUGAGAAUCCCAAAUGCAUUGUGCAAACAACCUCUUGGUCCCAGUGCUCAAAGACGUGUGGAACUGGCAUCUCCACAAGGGUGACAAACGACAAUCCUGACUGCAAGCUCAUCAAAGAGACCAGGAUAUGUGAAGUGAGGCCAUGUGGCCAGCCCAGCUAUGCCUCCCUAAAGAAGGGAAAGAAAUGUACCAAGACAAGGAAAUCCCCCUCCCCGGUGAAGUUUACUUAUGCUGGAUGUUCCAGUGUGAAGAAGUACCGCCCCAAGUACUGUGGCUCCUGCGUGGAUGGCAGGUGCUGCACACCCCAGCAGACCAGGACUGUCAAGGUCAGGUUCCGCUGCGAUGAUGGGGAAACCUUCACCAAGAGCGUCAUGAUGAUCCAGUCCUGCCGAUGCAACUACAACUGUCCGCAUGCAAACGAAGCCUAUCCCUACUACAGACUAGUCAAUGACAUCCACAAAUUUAGGGACUAAGUUGUGUUGGGGGUGGGAUGCAAAACAGAAUUUUGAAGUACCCAGCUGUGGAGAAAGGACCUUUGAUGGAGGUGGUGCCUUGCCCAUUUGAGGGCAACAUCAAGAUGUUACAGGAGUGCACUGUGCAACUGGACACUAAUGCAACAGAGAUUUAAGCAUACUUAAAGCUUCAUAAUACUGGAGCAACUUUACUGCUUCUUUUUGGAGCUCCUUAUCUAAUUAUAUACUGUUUUCUGUUUGUAAGUGAUCAGAUUAAUGUUUUGUUCCGGUUAUGAAAACUUUUCUAUCCUGUUCAAUUUAACACUAUGCUUCUCCCCCUCCCUUCAGUCUUCUCCCACCCUUUCCCAACUAAGUUGGAAGUUACAUUCCUUCCUGAGGUGGGCACUUGUGGGGUGUUCACAGUGGCAGCUAUUAUGUACCAACUGUAGUUAAAUGGCAAACAGAAAUCAGUUGUUUUAAAGCUGAGUAUUUUAUUUAUCAAACUGUAGCUUUUUGUUUGUUUCCUCCGAGUUUUUUUUACCCCUUCCAGCCCCUGUAAUACUGGAAUAAGUUGUAAAUGAUUUUAAUUUUAUAUUCAAUGAAUUAAAAGAAUUUAUUUAUGGAAUUAAUCAUUUAAUAAAGAAAUAUUUACCUAACUACUUUUAGUAGAGCAUUCUGAUAGGCAACAAGUUUAAACACAGCACAUGCAAGAGGUUUCUGUGAAAACUUCGAAUUCUGAAAGUUAAAGCAGGUUCUACUGCAGAUGCAGAAAUGGACUAAAGAGCCAAGUCUAAUUCUUUGGAUAAAUGAUGUUUUGAAGGGGUGGCAGUCUGCAACCCCAUGCUCUAGAAAGUGUACAUAGAAAGAGCUUGGCACUGAAUGCAAAUCUUUGAUAGACUGAAAUGUUAAUUAGACUGUCAGAUUAUUCAAACUGUCCUGGAAUUUGCAACAUAAGGUACUUCAUUAGAAUGCAGUGCAUGCAUGGUGAUGUUCAACAUUGGGAUGAAAAUGGUCAUCAGGUCUCACGUUUUCUGGUGGCUGCUUCUUGCAAAUUACUACAUUUCUAUGGCAGAGGAAUGCUUCCUACAGGCUGCAGGAGGUAGUUUGCUUUCACUAAAUUCAAAUUAAAUGAGCUUGAAGCAAUGACUUUUGUUAAUCCUAAUAACACAGUGAUGAAAAGUAAACAUACUGUUAACAAGAGAAGAAUGUGAGGAAUUUCAAGUACUUGUCCCAUAGAGUAGAAAGCAAGGGAGCUACUCUUUUCCUCACUUCCCCUUCCCACUUUUUAAAUAUGCAAUUACACUUUACACUGUGGGACACAGAUGGCAUUUGGUUAAGCAAGGGAGCUCGCUGGCAUGCAGUAAAAAAUGACAUUUAAAGGAACGAACUAGAGCAGGAUCUGAGAAAGCAUCCAACACUGUACACUUCUGGUUAGCCUAAAGCUGUGCUACAGAGAAGAGUGACAGGAAACCUGCAAAAGGGUAUUAUUUUCUUCUCCUUGUGUGGUUAUUUCUCUGUCAAAACAUUCUCCCACAAUCUUUAAUAAGAAAGAUACUGCUCAUAAAAACCAGACUGAUUUUGACAUUUUAGAAUUGUAAAGGGUUGUCACCAGUUAUAAGCAGAAUUAGUUAAGGGUCAAUUUUUUAUUAAUUAGACAUAAACAUCUCAAUAAAAUAAAUAGCCAAAUAUCUCAGAAGCUUAUCUCAGGCAGCUAAUGCUUUGUCUGAGAAAUUACAGCCUUCCCUCUUUUCUGCUCAGUCAAGUUUUCUCCCUGAAGGCUUUCAAAAGUUGAGCUGUUUUGGAAUUCACCACCUGGCCACCAGUCUCAGCUGUACCUAAACUUGUCUGUACAGUAUUUGUUGACAGCAGAAGGGUAAAAUGCAAGGAAGCACUUUUGUUUGGCUCCUAUGUAGAUCUAGCACUGAACACUUCACUGCAUCAGCUGCUCUCUGAGAAACCAUCAGGUUUACACACUGGGUUAUUGUCAGGAGAGGAAGAGGAUUCACUGCUCCAGACACCCAGCAGCUGCGGGCGCGUUCCUCACCAUCGCCACUGUCACCCACACUUGAAUGACAUCCAUCUUCCCACCACCGUCAGUAACAGCUCCCCAAAAAUCACACGUACGUGUAACUGCACUGAGACCCAGCUGGAACACACACCUCACGGACAAACAGCCCUGCUGCCUCCUGCCUCACGUGUGGCUCUAGCCAGGCCCCCGGGUUUACAACCUGUGCUUUGGUUUUCCCAUGCAAGGGGUGCUUCUGUAUCCUGCUCACUGGAAACAUGUACUGUUGAGAGAAUAGGGGCUGCAGAGGCAGGUCAGGUAAACAUAAGAGUAAAAUACAGUAAGUGAAGUUAUCCUGAUAUAAAAAGAGUAAAAUGAAUCCCACUAAAAAAACCUGCAAGUCUUCCAAAGUGGGGCUGUGACACCAACUGGUCAUCAUCCAUAUAGUUCUCUCUUCUAUUUUGCAUUUCACAAUUAU